AUGGGCACGCCAUUUCCAAGGAUCCCGACGGUGGAUUCGGUGAAGAAUUGGCAGAUGUCUUUCUUCUACGUGCGGAACGACAACCCGGCCUUCGACCGGCUCAACUUGCCGGAGUACAACCCGGCGCCGCCAGUCGGCCGGCUCAACUGGGGCCACAACGCCAGGACAACGGACCCGGACGCAGAGGGCCUCGAGGACGGCGACCUGGAGCAGAAGGUCUGGGCGGCGGAUCAUGUUGAUCCGGCUGACCAAGCCGGCGAUCAAGCCGGCGACGACGAACUGCCGGAGGCGCCGGACCAAGGCGGCCAGGGGGAGCACAACCCGCUGCCCUCGCCGGAGCAUGAGCAGGAGGAGCCAGCGGAGUCCGGUACGGGGCCGAUCCUUGCGGUGCCCCUACGCAUGAGGCCGCCUGGCGCCUCGGCGACUUCUGCGCCCAAGGGGAAGAAGCGGGCCGGCGGUGGGUCCACGGCCAAGCUGGAGGCUAAGGCCAAGAAGCAGCGCCGGCUGGAGCCCAAGAAGGUUCCAGAGGCAACCGGGGCUGCCAUCAAGUUCACCCAGGGCGGCGGCUCUCGGUCGGCUCCCCGUGUUGAGCCAACGCUCCCGCAGCAAAGGAGGGAUUCGACCCCGAAGUCUUCGAUGCUUGCGCGCGCGCCGCCUGUUGUCGUCGUGCCGCCUGCGGCUACGCCGCCUUCCGCGGAGGCAACUUCUUCAGCUGCACCUCCUUCUGCAGGGGCUGGCCGCGGCGCCCAGGGUGAGUCGGUUCGCCGGCCCACUCUGGACGAGUUGUUUCCGCGCCGCACUCCACUGUUGGGGCCAGCGGCCGGGGCCGGCAGGGGUGCGCCGCCAGCGACCGGAGCUGGAGCCGACGGGGCUGCGCCGCCCGAGACUGGAGCUGGAGCCAGCGGGACUGCGCCGCCUGAGACUGGAGUCGGCGGUGCAGCACCCAGCGUCGUGGUGUUGCAAGAUCAGGCGCCGGAGAUGACGGCCCCCACCGGUCCGACUGCUUCGACCGUGCCGCCUCCGACUUCGGAGCCGUCGAGGGAGGAGCCGGCCGGGAAGGAGCCGGCUAGGGAGGAGCCAGCGCGCUCGAGGGACGCUGACUCCCGGGUGUUGGUGAGGAAGGAGGGCCCGUCGGAGCCGUCUGAAGGCGGAUGCCUGCGAGGUGACCAGCCGGGAGGGGCGGCCGGCGUGGCGCCCAUGAAGAUGUUCUUCUCCGGCUACCAUGCCAGCCUUAAGGCCAAGGCCGCCGAGAUCAUUGCCCAGCUGGCAACGCUGGAGGAUGCUGACAAGGUGGUUGCGGAGCGACGCACCGUCUUGUAUAACCAGGUCGUGACCAGCUAUCACAAGGCCAAAAUUGAGCGGGCCGGCUUGGCUCGCGAGCUGGAGGUUGCCAAGGCUGAGGAUGCCCGGGUCCCGCAACUGGAGUCGGACCUUCGGGCCGCCCGCGCCCAAUGCGCCGAGAGCGAGGAGGCUAGGGAGGAGAAGCUGGAGGACCUGAGCAAGCGACUGGAGGAGGUGGACCGGCAGCGGCUUGCGCUUCGCCAAGAGGUGACCGCUAAGUCUGAUGAGCUGUCGGCCACCGCCAAGCGGUGGUUGAAUGAAAUUAGCGCGCUCGACCGUGGCUUGGCUUCUGGCGUGCUUCUUCUUUGCAGCGGCCUUCCCUGA